AUGGGUCAAAUAACUUUUCUUUGCUUGUUGAUUUUUACAUUGGCUUAUGGGAAGUCGGUAAAAACCGAACGACACGAGCCACGCAAAUUUCCUGAUGGUUUCCGAUUUGGAACUGCUACUGCGUCCUAUCAAGUCGAAGGAGCCUGGAACGUUGAUGGAAAGAGCGAAAACAUUUGGGAUCGUUUGAGUCACACUCAGCCUUGCGUAAUAAAUAAUUGUGAUACUGGUGAUGUGGCUGACAACUCUUACUACAACUACAAGAGAGACGUGGAAAUGAUGAGAGAGUUAGGACUAGAUUUCUAUAGGUUCUCUAUUUCCUGGUCUAGGCUCCUUCCUACAAGCUUCCCAGAUCAUAUUAAUAGAGAAGCUGUACACUACUACAAUAAUUUGAUUGAUGAAAUGUUGAAAUAUAACAUUGAACCCAUGGUUACAUUAUAUCACUGGGAUUUACCGCAAAAGUUACAAGACCUUGGUGGUUGGACUAAUCCUAACAUGGUAGAUUGGUUUACCGAUUAUUGUCGAAAUAUUUUCGAAUUAUUUGGUGACAGAGUAAAAACUUGGUUCACCAUAAAUGAACCGAGAGAAGUAUGCUACCAAGGAUACGCUGGCAUGUCUAAGGCACCUAACCUCAAUAUAUCUGGUUAUGCUGAAUAUCAUUGUGCUAAAAAUUUAUUAGUAUCACACGCAAAAGUUUAUCACAUGUACAAAAAUGAGUUUAACAAAGAAGGCGACACAAUUGGUAUUGUUUUGAGUUCGCGAUGGUGUGAACCUGAAUCCGAGAAGCACGUCCAAGCAGCCGAAGACAUUUUCCAAUUUGAGUUGGGUCAAUAUGCCCACCCAAUCUUCUCGAAUACUGGUGAUUGGCCAGCUGUAAUGAAAAAUAACAUUGCAUCCAAAAGUGCUGCACAAGGCUUUUAUAGAUCGAGAUUGCCAGAAUUCACUCCUGAUGAAGUAGAAAUGGUUAAAGGCAGUUCAGACUUCUUUGGAUUAAACCAUUACACUACAAACCUCGUAUAUAGAAACGAAUCUGUAGAAGGUUAUCAUGCAUCUCCAUCAUAUUAUGAUGACGCAAACGCUAUUUUAUACCAACCAGCUGAUUGGGUUGGAUCAUACCCAGGGACGACGUGGUUGAAGGUUGUGCCAUGGGGUUUCCACAAGCUUUUGAACAAAAUUAGAGAAGAGUAUAACAAUCCACCAGUCUAUAUAACAGAGAAUGGAUGUGCAACUAAUCCCGGUAUUAUGGACGACUCAAGGGUGUCGUACUAUAUGUCCUACUUGGCUGCAAUGUUAGAUGCCAUUGAGGAAGGAUCCGAUGUCCAACUAUACACGGCUUGGAGUCUCAUGGAUAACUUCGAAUGGUAUUUUGGAUACGACGACCGCUUUGGCCUGUAUGAAGUAGACUACAGUGUUGAAGAACGCACCCGCACUCCUCGCAAGUCGGCUUAUUUCUACAAGGAUCUUCUUCGUACUCGCACCUUAGACGUUCACUACGAACCUGACAUGUCCAUUCCCAUGGAAAUUGAUAUUGGCCAUUAG